AUGCUUCUGAUGUAUUUGGCAUUGAUGUGCGCAAGAAAAGAAGAAGUUGGGUAUAUAUUUUCUGAGGGAAAACAAAGAUUUCUAACACGUGAUGGGGUAAAUAUAGUAUUAGCAAAGUAUGAUGAGAGUCCACUCAAAUUUCGAAUGAAGAAGAUGGGAGGAGGAGAAUCUAGUAAUGUGCUGUUCUAUCCUGUCCCUGGAAUGGAGGGGAAGGUUGCCGACUUCGCUGCAUAUUCCCACAAGAGAUGGCAUUUUUAUCCGGAGCACGGGAAGUGGAAUCAAAGAACAAGGCUUGUAUUGAUGCCCGGCAACAAUUUGAAGAUCGUUAUUGGCGAUAAAUGCCUCGGGAUCAAUGACGACAUGGUAAUCGGAGAAACUUGCAAGGAGGACGGAGAAGACAAUCUCCAGAUAUUUAGCUGGAUCCCAAUAUCUCAUAAGAGAAAGGUGAAGGAGUGGGUUCGAUAUAAUCGCAGCCACAGACUCUCUAGAAGAAGGCACCUACCACUAGAUGAAGAUGAAGGUCAUGGACAAGAAAGUUCCAGAUAUGACAAUGACACAAGCUCUUCUUCAGAUUAUCAAGAAAGAGGCCGUAGAUCAUUCCACGAGUUUGACUAUGAUGGCGGACCUGGGGGAUAUGGGCCAUUCAACAGUGGGAUGGGGUCUUUUGGAAGUAAAAGGAGACGAUACAGACAUGAUGACGAAGUGAGUACAGAAGAGAGGGACGAGGAAAGCUAUAAUGACGAUAGAUACAAAGACUGCCGGGAAGGAAAAGUGUUCAGGAAGAAGAGGUCUGGAGGACUUCUCAAGGGCGGAAGGACGAAGUAUAAAGCUUCUGGAACCAGAGAGAAUGACGGAAACGCACAUCAAGGAAGAGAUCUCAUGCUCAACGAUAUUGUCAAUCCGGAAUUUGUUAAUUAUCUAGACAACUCUCCGGAGUACGAGCAUGGAGCGAUCGAAGAAAAUUCAUCUGUGCCUUGUGAUGACAGUAUAUUGAUGUUUGGGGGAGACGGCAGCCAUUGCAACGUGGGUGGAGCUGGAGAAAAUGAAAUAUGUAAGAUAAACAAAACAACCAUGGCUUUUAGGAAGGAAAUCGGGAUUACCAUAUGA